AACAUGUUUUCCCUGAUCUUUGCCUGUACCUGCGGGGUGAUCCUGGGCAUCGGUUUCUGUGCCAACCUACUGGUGUUCUCUCUGUUCGCCAAGUACAACACCCUGAGGAAGAACUGUCUGGACAUCCUGCUGCUUAGCAUGGCUCUGGCAGACUUCCUCACCCUGCUGCUCAUCCCCUUCACCCUGCACUCCGCCAUCAGCUACUCGUGGCCGCUGGGGGACACCUCCUGCAAGGUGUACCAGUUCUUUCUGGCCUUCUCCCUGGCAGCCAGCACCUACAGCCUGUGUGCUGUGUCCAUGACACGUGCCAUGAUCAUCACCAACCCCUACCACCCUCCUACCAUGGACCUGGUAGUCCUGAUGUUCGUCUUGGUCUGGGCAUCAGCCUUCUUCAUCAGCCUGCCUCUGAGGAUCUUUGCCACCAAGGAGAGCCUGAGCCCCGGCUUGGGUAAUUUUACAUUCUGCCUGCCCACCAUACAGGAACACCACUAUCAGGUGGUCCUCAGCCAGUUCAUGCUCUACUACUUCGUCCCUAUGCUGGUGAUCGCCUUCAACUACGUCCGGUUGGCCUGCUUCCUCCACAAGAGCCCAGUCAUGUCUGUGGCCAGUGCCCGCAACACACGCCGAGCCUCCUUUAUGGUGUUCCUGGCGGCCGGGACCUUCUCCAUCUGCUGGCUUCCCGGGUACAUCCUGGAGCUGUGUGUGUACCUUGGGCUCUACCGUCACGGCCAGUCCUGGGAGAUGUUCUACUUCAUCUGCACCGUGCUCCAGUACCUCCAUCCCUGUGUUAACCCCGUGCUCUAUGUGCUGCUGUCCAAGAGGUACCGCCACCGCAGGAGUGCCUGGUUGUUUAACUGCAACAGGAAUAGGGUGCAGCCGCAGGUUGUCAGCAUCACUACAGAGACUAUGUAGACACACUGGUCACGAGGGGAGCUGGAUUUGCUUUGAGAUGGUGGAAAGCCUAAUCUCGUCACCCAGGAUGAAAUAUGGUGUGCGCAUUAUUGGAUGAUGUUGAUACAGUCUGAAUAUGAAUACAGCACAUUACAUUGCAGUGCAGUACAUUAGCUCACAUUCAUCGGUGAGGUUCCUGAUGCAGUUUUUUUGUGUUGGUGUUUUACCGAUCUGUUUAUUUUAGUUUGUACAGUUACUUUCCGCUUCUUCUUUUUGUGUUUCAU